AUGUUGGAAGAAACCGCUUUCGAUCAAGUCUUGCGUGAUUAUAUCAAGAAAGAAUUGGUUGAAGAGACGUUUAGUGUUGACGAACGUCAACGUGUUCUCGAUGAAUUUUCUGCUGAAACAUUCGAGAAACAGACGAUUGCCCCGCCAUUGAAAUCAGUCGAUGCUUGGAUCUCCAUGCUCAAACGUUUAAUGAUACGAGUAUUGAAUGCUAAUGUUAGUCUUGAUGUACCACUUCAAUUGUAUCUUGAACGAACAGAUUUAUGGAGUGAUCGUGUGACAGAUGUUGAUCUUGCUAGUUUUCAAGUUGCCGACAGUGUUCUACUUCAACAUACGUACGUGAUUUUAUGUGGUCUAGAAAAGAAACAACAAGCGAAUAAUCGUCCAAUGUUACAACUGAAUAAACCAACUGUUCAAACUGUGGAAGGACAACGACAAAAGGCCCAAGCAUGGUUCGAUGAGACAGCUAAACCAACGAUAACACCUAAAGUUGUGUCCGAUAAGAAGCAAAAACUACGCGUCUAA